AAGGCAAAAAUGAAAGUAUUCGCUGCCGUUUUACUGUGCAUUUUGAUUUUCCGCGAAGUCCGUGCCCAGUAUAUAAAUUGCAGAAAUCCCAACCAGAAAACUGGACAAUGUAUGGAAUGGUACCAUUGCCAGUCACUGUACUCCGUGUGGAUGAGUCCAGGAAGGACCGAUUCGGAGAGGAACUUCGUUCAGGCUUCCCAAUGUGGAUAUCACAGGGACUAUCAGUUCCUUGCGUGCUGCACUGAUGACACCGAUUUUGUUCCCAGGAUUGCUACCGUUUUAGAUGAAGAAUCUUCAAAUUUGCUCCCUCAGCUUAACAAAUGCGGAGAUGAUACGGCGAGCCCAUUAAUACUGGGGGGAAAUGAAACCGUUCUCACUGAAUUUUCCUGGAUGGUAUUGUUGGAGUACCCAAGUGGAAGCAAGCUGGAUACCAACUGUGCGGGAUCGCUGAUCAAUGAUCGUUACGUUUUAACAGCAGCUCACUGUCUGGCCAAGGAUACUCCACCUGUCUCUGUGAGAUUGGGUGAACAUGACACUCGCACCCCUGAAGAUUGCCGAGGAAAAAGGUGCUCAGCACGGGUUGUAACAGUGGGCAUCGAAGAGGCCCAUGCUCACGAAAAUUUUAGGAACGAUUCCACUAGCUUGCACGAUAUUGGCAUUAUCCGUUUGGCGCGCAAGGUUUCCUAUUCGGACACAAUUCGGCCUAUUUGCCUGCCCUCGACUGUGGGCGCAAUGCGGUUGACGGACGGCAAGUUGUUGACCGUGGCAGGAUGGGGUCGUACUCUGCAUAACCCCACUAGUCCCACCAAGCAGAAAGUGCCGGUCAACUUUUGGGAUUUUAAUAGGUGUCGUAUAAAAUACUUAUCUCUACAAAUCGCCGUGGAACCCAGUCAAAUCUGCGCCGGAGGAGAGGAGCAUGUUGAUAGCUGUGAUGGGGACUCCGGUGGCCCAUUGAUGUCAUACCGUCAAGGUGUUUGGGUCCUGCGGGGAAUUGUGUCCUUUGGCCGCAGCUGCGGUCGGAGGGGCUGGCCGGCAAUAUACACAAAUGUUGAUUUUUACGACCGUUGGAUCAAACAGAAAAUGAGGCCUUAGGAUGUGUCAAACUGGCCUAUAAGUAUCAACUGAACCAAGGAAAAAAUGAGGCCUUAGGAGUUAGUCAAAGAAUAAUAUUUCUUAACCACAAAAAGAAAGUUAUAAGUAUUGCUUUGU